AUGGCUCAAUUACCAGCAAACAAGGCAGCUUGGCUAUCCGCCUCAAAAGCCACGCCGCUUGAGAUUGGGCCGGCACCGUACACAUCACCCGGGCCUCACCAGAUUGUCGUGAAGAACAGUGCACUAGGUAUCAAUCCAGUCGACUGGGCAAAGCAGCUGCUCGGCGAAGCCCUGCUGGGCCAUAUCAGCUAUCCUUUUAUUCUUGGCGCGGAUGUGGCUGGCACAGUUGUCGAGGUGGGCGAAGGCGUGGAGCGCUUCCGCGCCGGUGAUCGUGUAGUGGCUACGGCUUCUGCUGUCUGCUUCAAUAGCUCCAUUGAGGGUGCUUUCCAGCUGUACACGGUCAUUCGCGAGUGGCUAGCGGCACCGCUGCCAGACAGCAUUACCUUUGAGCAAGCUAGCGUGCUACCGCUGGCUACGUUCACAGCCUCUCAUGGUCUGUUUGACACCGGCUACCUGGGCCUUGACUUGCCCACUGUGCCUGCGCGCCAAUUUAGCGACAAGCGUGCUGUCAUCAUCACCGGCGGUGCAUCCGCUGUUGGCAGCAACGCUAUCCAACUGGCCGUGUCGGCCGGCUACGAGGUUGUGUCAACGGCAUCGCCAAAGAACUUCGAUUACGUCAAGAAGCUGGGUGCUGCCCUCGUGUUUGACUACAAGAGCGACAGCGUGAUCGAUGAUAUCAGCGCUGCUGUCAAGGGCCUCCACCUUGCCGGCGGCUUCUCCAUUGGCGACGGCUCCAUCGAGCUGCUGGCCGCCGUACUGGCCAAGCACGAGGGCCCCUCUGUCAAUAAAUUCAUUGCUCUCGCUGGUGGCAAACCCAAGGGCGACCCUAUUGACCCGAGCGUCGAGGUCAAAUUUAUCCUGCUCGGCCCGGAAGCGGCUGGCCCCGACUCUGUCGCGAGCAAUGUCUACAAGAGCUACCUCCCAGAUGCCCUCGCCAAUGGGCAGUUUGUGCCAGCACCCGAGCCGUUUGUCGUGGGUAAGGGACUAGAAAAGAUUCAGGAGGCUUUUGGAAUCCAGAUGCAGGGUGUUUCAGCAAAGAAGAUUGUUGUGUCACUGUGA